AUGGUGGACGAUGAAAAUGAUGAAAUGGAACUCGAUGUUAGUGCGGAAACUAACAAGAAGUAUACGGUAUUUUGGAUUGAUGGUGGAGCGAAUAUGUUUGAAAAUGGAGUGGACUGUGAUUUCAAGAGGGCAGUGAAGGCGGUGUUCAUUCAACUACUGAAGAUCGGAUGUUCCGGUUCGCGAUCGCAUCGUUAUGGCUUGUUUAUUGCUAACACGGCUUUGUCUGAGACACGGUUACCCGGUGCAGUGAAGCAUUGUGUGGAAUGGUUCGACUUAAAAGUUCGAUCUGAUCAUGAAUCGGGCGAGGAUCAGCGACGAGUAUGUACUUUGAAGGAGUUCCUGGACGAAGAGGACAUCAAGUCUGCGUUCGACAAACGUUUUGGUGGUCACUGCAAAUGCGAUUUGUCGACUCUUCUGUGGUAUACGAGAAAGAUUUUCAUUGAGCAAGGGUUAUCUCAGCGACAACAAACGGUUGUGUAUAUCACCAAUGACACGAAUCCGUUUGAGGAGAACUGGGAAACCCAAAUCGAAGGCUAUUUUACAAGAAUGAUGAAAGGUGUGGAAUCAUUUCGUCGCCAGAAAGGAAGGCGAACGAUGGGUGAAUUUUCUGUGGUUUUAUUGCGACCACAAGGAAGCGAAGAUGACGAGAAUUAUGAGCGAGACACGAGGGUCUGGCGUCAACUCGACCCGAAGAUUGACGUAAGCACUUCAAUAGAGGACUUGGAAACACAUUAUGCAUUAGCUAGUGAAGCUCGCCCACCACCGAAGGAGUAUUUGGAUUACGAAACGGAAAUGCCUCUUGAAAAGCAGCAAGUCUGGUUACCACGCACUGAUUCACCUCCAAGUCAUUCUGCCACUUCCGUAAUAGACACAAGGAGUAACGAAGAAAUUGAUUCCUUGGCUGAGACGGCAUGGCUUGGUGAAGUUUUCAUACUCAAAAAGAAGGCGAUAACGAUCGGAGGAGAGUGUAUUGUGAAUGACCAAGCAGAGUUGGAGGCUUUAACCAGGUUUGAUGCAAAAGGUAUCGUAUUACUGGGAUUCAAGCCAUUAUCCAAAAUAGAUUUUGGAAACCAUAUCUUGCCGUCACGAUUUCUCUAUCCAGAUGAGAGUUCUGUGUUGGGAUCGGCUUGCCUAUAUCGGGCUUUGCUGGAAAGAUGCUGGCAGCGAAAAAUGGCGAUGAUCUGUCGGUUUUGUUCGAGAGCGAAUCAGAAAGUGCGUUUAGUGGCUUUAGUUCCACACAUGUCGGAGAAGAAUGAGAGUCGCUCAGACGCGAUCCGUGACUACGAUUUCGACGGUUUUCAUGUUGUGUUUCUACCGUUUGCUGAAGAUGUUCGAGAUGUGUCCGAAAAAUUGAAAUGUCCUCAAGGAGAAUGGCCCAAACCGUCUGCUGCUGAUGUUAGCGUAGCGUCAGCAUUUGUGAAGAAGCUGACUGGCUCGUAUACACCAUCGCAGUAUGAAAAUCCAAGACUGCAAUCGUUUUAUUCAAUGGUCAUCGAACAUGUCGUUGGUGAGCGAAUCAUCCAACCCACUGACACCCUGUUACCGUAUCAUGCCAGACCCGAGUGGGCGGAACGGGUGAAGAAAGAGAUGGUCAAUCUUAUCGGUCAUUUCAAUCUGGAAAAUUUGAAUCAGAUGGCGCCGGGUGCUGGCCAAAAAAGACUUCAUGCGUCAAAGUCAACUUGUUUCCAACAUCGAUUUCAGCUCGAUAAACUUACGACCGUUCAAUUACGAGCCGCAAUUGCCCAACAUCUGGCAUGUGCGGUGAAACAGGGCACAAAGAAAGCCGACAUGGUGGAGAUGCUUCGGAAAUACUUUAGUGCUUAG